GGAUGGAUGUUGUGGACUUCGUGAAGAGUUAUCUCUUCAAGAGUGACUCUGCAAAUACAGAUAAUCUGACAUUUAAAAUACACUACAGGGUCUGCUUUUCCUUCCUCCUAGGAUGCAUGGCGUUGGUGUCAGCUCGCCAGUACAUAGGAGACCCUAUCAACUGUAUAGUAGAUGGUGUGCCUAGUGGUACAAUGGAUCUGUACUGCUGGAUACAUGCUACGUUUUCAGUGCCAUCUAGAUGGGGGAAAGGAUCUGAGGAGUAUGGAGAGGGAAAUCCUGCUGCUAUUGGGGAAAUAAAUCCCCAUCCAGGGAUAGCCCCACCUCAGGAAGGAGAGGAGGUGGUUUACCACAAAUACUAUCAAUGGGUCGUCUUCGUUCUAUUCCUCCAGGCUCUCUGUUUCCAUAUUCCCCGAAUGAUCUGGAAACACUCUGAGGGAGGAAUAGUAAAGAUGCUGGUGGGGGAUCUAGUAGAUCCAAUGUAUAUUGUAAGUUUCUAUAAAAACAAGAAAGAGUUUAGAUGGUUCUUUUAUUUUAAUCUAAUAUACUUAAUUAUUAAUAAUAAUUUAAUAUUUCAGUUAUUUUGCCUGGUGAAUGUGAUAGCUCAAGUUUACAUCACUGACAGAUUUCUGGGAUACAGUUUCACAACCUAUGGUUGGGAUGUGUUUACUCUGAACAAUAUGAACCCUGAAGAUAGACCGGAUCCUAUGAAUGUCGUCUUCCCAAAAGUGACGAAAUGUACUUUCUUCAAGUAUGGAAGCUCUGGUACUAUUGAAAGCAGGGAUGGAUUGUGCAUUCUGGCGCUUAAUGUUAUCAAUGAGAAGAUUUAUGUUUUCUUGUGGUUUAUGUUUGUCGGGGUCGCUAUCUUCACUAUUUGUGCUUUGAUCUACAGAGUGCUGAUUAUUGCUGUUCCUGCACUGAGAACACAAGUCCUCAUGACCUCAACAUUAUACCAGGUUGACCGUAAAACUGUGGAGAAGGUGUUGUCCUGUCCUAACCACAGCUUUCUAGAUAGGGUUGGAGAUUAUUGGAUUCUUUUCCUCUUGUCACGAAACCUCUCCCCAAUUGCAAUGCGGGAGUUGUUUGAUGAGCUUCGACCUAUUUUGCACCCAGAGCAGAACCAUUACGGAGGAUACCCAACCCUAACCCCUCAGGAGUACGAAAAGGAGUCCAAGAUGUAAACACAACUCCAAAAUGUAAACAGAACUCCAAAAUGUAAACAAACACAAUUCCAAGAUGUAAGCACAUCGUGGAGACCAGAUUUAAUGAAUAGUGAGAAUAAUUUGAAUCCCGUACCGCAGGUUCAACCAGUUUUCUUGUGCUCUUUAAGUUAAAGAGAGGUGGUUUAGCCACCAUUUCCUGGUUCAACAAAGUUGCGCUAAUUAUUAAAUCUGGCCCAAGUUUGAUUAAACCAUUUAGCACAAAAAACGUCACAGCUUUCCAUGUUUUAGUUAAGCCGUGCUCUUAUAUAUUUUAAAGCUUAUUUUUUUAUUCAACUUUUACUCAGUUUUGUUUAGUCAGAAUAGCUGCUACAUGUAACAACAUUACAAACAUUACAAAAUUAAUUUUCACAAAAAUGUUUUAUUGAAUUAAAGAAUUAUUUUAUUUUAUAAAAAUGGAGUUUUUGUUUUGUUUUAUUGUUCGAGUAUGUAAAAUGAUAUUAUAUAUUUGAGAUGUAAGAUUGUUUGUAUGUUGGACAAGAUUCUGUUAACUAAAAGUUCAAAAUUUUAUUGAAUUUUAUCAACAACUUAUCUUUAAAAAGAGAAAAGUGUCCUGAUCAGCAUAUGUUGGACUCAAAAAUAACUGUGUAAUAGGAAGAUGACUUUUAAGAACCUAAUGUAUAUUUUUACCAUUAGCUGAAAAAUAUGACAGUAAAAUGGGUUCUGUUUACACUGCACAAUUCCUGUGUGUUCAUUGGAUUACUUAGACUUGGGCCUAGGAGUCGUCUUCGUAUUCCAUAGAUUGAUGGGUCCUACUGUACAUACACAUUUAUACAAAUGUACCCGCAGCUUCACAUUGCAAUCUAAAUAUAAACAAAAAGUAUUUCUGAAAUGGCUUCCAAUAAACAAAUAGUUACAAUAUUUUUAUUUCUGUAAUAAAAUUUUAAAUGUGAUUUUAA